AUGAAUGAUAUAAAGGAGUAUUAUGGGAAUGGAGAGACAAAGAAAGUGUCAUGGAGAGAAUCACAACUCAAAGGGUUGCGUCGUUUCCUCAUUGAAAAAGAAGAAGAUAUUUUGAAGGCCUUAAUGCUCGACUUAGGAAAGCAUCAAGUUGAAGCUUUUAGAGGUGAGAUAGGAACUUUGAUGAAGUCUUUGAAUUUUGCAUUGAGUAACUUAAAAUAUUGGAUAUCAGGCAAAAAGGCUAAAUUGUCACAAAUAGCACUGCUUAGUAGUGCAGAAAUUGUUUCUGAACCUCUGGGCCUAGUCCUCAUUAUUUCAUCUUGGAAUUUCCCCUUUGGUUUAUCCUUGGAGCCACUAAUAGGAGCAGUAGCAACUGGAAACACAGUGGUCUUAAAGCCUUCAGAGUUGUCACCAGCAUGUUCUAGAAAAUGA